AUGCCUAUCACAAUCCUCGCCCCGAGGGGCACGUCGUCACACCACAAGCCCGCACGCUACACCGCCGCCGCUGAUUCAGACUCGGACUCCGAUGGUGGUGCCGACAUCGAGGGCGACAUCCCCAUGCGCCCGGCGAAGCGCGCCCGCGGCGACAAUUACGACAUCGUCACCCCGGGUGAGAUUAUCACUGACGACCCCCAGUGGAUGAGAGGACACGGAACCUACAUAACCCCAACGACGACGGAAAUCGUCUCCUCGGUCGCCGGCACCGUCACCCGCACCAACAAGCUCCUCUCUGUUCGCCCUCUCCGCGCCCGCUAUACCCCCGAGAUCGGCGACCUCGUCGUCGGCCGCAUCGUGGAAGUCCAAGCGAAGCGCUGGCGCGUCGACGUCGGCUCGUCGCAGCUCGCCAUCCUCCAGAUCUCCGCCAUCAAUCUGCCCGGCGGCAUCCUCCGCAAGCGCACCGACACGGACGAGCUGCAAAUCCGGUCCUUCUUCGCCGAGGGCGACCUGGUGGUGGCCGAGGUCCAGCAGCUGCACCAAGACGGCGCAGCCAGCUUGCACACGCGGUCCCUCAAAUACGGCAAGCUGCGCAAUGGCGUCUUCGUCGCCGUCACGGGCACCGGCGGCGGUGGCGGCGUUGUGCGGGCCAAGAGGCAGCAGUGGGUCAUGGACGCGGCACGCGGCGCGAGCAAGGUGCACGUCACGCUCGGUGUCAACGGCUUCAUCUGGAUCAGCAAGCACGUCGAGAGUGAUGUGCCUGAGAGCGUGGGGCUUAACCGCAUGGAGGAGAGCGUCAGCGCCAACGUGUACUCGAGCCAGAAUGACCGGAUCGACCACGAGACCAUGCGCGAGGUCGCGCGGAUACGCAGCGUCAUCCUGGCGCUGGUCGAGAAUGGGCUGAGGGUCGACGAGGACAUGGUCGUCAGGGGGUAUAAAGAGGCGGUCGACAUGGGGCUGGAGAGCGUCGAGGACGACAUCUACCUUGGCGGCGAGAGGGGGAAGAGGCUCGCCGAGGCUUUGCUGAGGGAGUGA